AUGUCCAUGCACGCCCCCACCAUGGACCCCACUAAGAUGGGGAUCGGCCGCUCCAUCGCUGUGCUGACGUCAGGAGGAGAUGCCCAAGGUAUGAACGCUGCAGUCAGAGCCACCGUCCGAGUCGGCCUUUACACCGGAGCCAAGGUCUUCUUUGUUCAUGAGGGUUACCAAGGCCUGGUGGAUGGAGGAGACCACAUCCGGCCUGCCACAUGGGAGAGUGUGUCCAUGAUGCUGCAGCUGGGUGGUACUGUCAUCGGCAGUGCCCGCUCUAAGGACUUCCGGACCAGGGAGGGUCGUAUGAUGGCAGCUCGUAACCUGGUGAAACUGGGCAUCACUAACCUGUGUGUGAUCGGAGGUGAUGGUAGUCUGACCGGAGCCAAUGAGUUCAGGACCGAGUGGAGUGGGCUGCUGGCCGACCUGGUCAAAGGAGGUAAGAUCACAGAAGAAGAAGCCAAGAAAUCUUCACAUCUGAACAUUGUGGGUAUGGUCGGCUCCAUCGACAAUGACUUCUGCGGCACCGACAUGACCAUCGGCACUGACUCAGCCCUGCACCGCAUCAUCGAGGUGGUGGACGCCAUCACCACGACCGCUCAGAGCCAUCAAAGGACGUUCAUCCUGGAAGUGAUGGGCAGACACUGUGGGUACCUGGCCCUGGUGACGGCUCUGGCCUGCGGUGCUGACUGGGUUUUCAUCCCAGAGAUGCCACCAGAUGAGGGCUGGGAGAACCACCUGUGCAGGAGGCUGGCAGAUCAAAGGGCCAGAGGUUCUCGUCUGAAUGUGAUCAUCGUGGCCGAGGGUGCAAUUUCCAAAGAUGGAAAACCCAUUACAUCUGAACAGAUCAAAAAGCUGGUGACUGACAGACUGGGCUUUGACACCCGUACCACAGUCCUUGGACACGUACAGAGAGGAGGAACGCCCUCUGCCUUCGACAGAAUCCUGGGCAGCAGGAUGGGCGUGGAGGCGGUCAUGGCGCUGCUGGAGGCCACUCCUGAAACCCCCGCCUGUGUGGUGAGCCUGUCGGGUAACCAGGCCAUCAGACUGCCGCUCAUGGAGUGUGUGCAAGUGACCAAAGAUGUGACUGCUGCCAUGGCUGAGGGAAGAUUUGAUGAUGCUAUCAAGCUCAGAGGAAAGAGUUUUGAGAACAACUGGAACACAUACAAGCUUCUGGCUCACAUCAAUCCUCCAGAUGUCAAGAGCAACAUCAACGUGGCCAUCAUGAACAUUGGCGCUCCCUGUGCUGGUAUGAAUGCUGCGGUUCGCUCUGCAGUCAGGAUGGGCAUCAUCCAGGGUCACACCAUGUUGGCCGUUCAUGACGGCUUCGAUGGUCUGGCUCACGGACAGAUCGAACCCAUCAACUGGAAUUCAGUUAGUGGCUGGACUGGAAAGGGAGGCUCGAAUCUGGGCACCAAGAGAACUCUACCAUCUAAAAUGCUGGAACAAAUCAGCCUGAAUAUCGCCAAAUUCAACAUCCAUGCUCUGGUGAUCAUUGGUGGAUUUGAGGCCUAUGUGGGAGGCCUUGAGCUGGUUCAGGCCAGAGAGAAAUAUGAGGAGAUGUGCAUUCCCAUGGUGGUUAUCCCAGCCACAGUGUCCAACAACGUCCCCGGCUCUGACUUCAGCAUCGGCGCUGACACCGCCCUCAACACCAUCACCUCGACAUGCGACAGAAUUAAGCAGUCUGCAGCUGGGACCAAACGGCGUGUGUUCAUCGUGGAGACCAUGGGCGGAUACUGCGGCUACUUGGCCACUAUGGCAGGUUUGGCAGCUGGAGCCGAUGCCGCCUACAUCUUUGAGGACAAAUUCAACAUUAAAGACCUGGAGGUGAACGUAGAGCAUCUUAUUGAGAAGAUGAAGACAACCGUGAAGAGAGGUUUGAUUCUCAGGAAUGAAAAUUGCAAUGCCAACUACACGACUGACUUUAUCUUCAACCUGUAUUCAGAGGAGGGCAAAGGCGUCUUUGACUGCCGUAAAAAUGUCCUGGGACACAUGCAGCAGGGUGGGACUCCAACACCCUUUGACAGAAACUUUGGAACAAAGAUGGGGGCCAAGUCUGUUCUGUGGCUGACUGAUAAACUGAAGGAGUGCUACAGACAUGGUCGUAUCUUUGCUAAUACUCCAGACUCUGCCUGUGUACUGGGCAUGAGGAAGAGGGCCCUGACCUUCCAGGCACUCACUGAACUGAAAUCAGACACUGAUUUUGAGCACCGCAUCCCCCACACACAGUGGUGGCUGAAGAUAAGGCCCAUCAUGAAGAUUCUGGCCAAGUACAACAUCAAACUCGACACAUCUGAACACGCAGACAUGGAGCAUGUGAUCAAGAAGAGGAGUGCACUUGGAAAGUAGACUCUGUUCUGAAGACUACAUGUCCGGGGGGUGGGGGGGGGUCAUGUUUCAGCGUAUUUGCUUGUCCAUGUCCUGUCCCUGUGCUGUAGUACACGAGCUGCUGCCUUAUCCUUUUAUCCUGAACAUGUGCUUUCUCACAGAGUUCAGUGCUUUCAAGAACUUUCAAUGACAACUUUGCAAAAGAUACAAGAUUUUGAAAGGCUUAUUAAAGACUUAUUUUAAGAAA